AAAAAUAAAGAAUAUAUCUUUCUUUUCUGGUGUCUCACCAACCUUGGCUGAUUUUCAAAUGAGAAUAUUAUUUUCCUUUGCUUGUGCUCCUGGUGAUAGAAGGGUCAAAUUACAAAGUAAGUUGUUUCACCUGUCUUUUCCCUUAAGUCUUUGUUUUAGAGCACAAUACGUUACAAAAUAAUUGUAUACAACAACUUGGUAUAGUGAGAACAACUACCACUCAGCUAUAUCGAGUGGUAGGCUGCACUGUAUGUGGGUCAGUGCACAGGGAUAUUUUUUUCUAGCACUCUCCUGGAGUGGUGAGCAGUUACUUUCGAUGUUCUCCAUCUACCAAGCCAAGCAUACCUAAAGGCGUACACUUAGCCUCAUGUUAGUCCAUAGACGGAAGAGAAUUGCAUGCUUGCUUCAACAAGGCUCUACAAGCUCGAGUGUGACACUAGCCUUUCUGUCUCUGUCUCCUGCAACAUCGACAGGAUCACUACCAACUCUAAUGGCUGAUGCUUAGUGUUUGGAAUAAUUCAGGGAACGGAUUUAUUUUUUACCAAGUAAAUACUGAGCUGUUCCCGAGGUUAUUAACAAUCAUAUCCAAGGACAGAAGAAUCCAUAACCUUUUGUUAAUGGAACCUAAGACUUGUGAUAAAUUCCAUAUGCUUUACUGGGAGAAUAGCAGGCCGUUUCAACUAAUGAAGAUGUGACACCUGUAACAACAUAGUACGGCAGGGCUUUGUUUGGAAAGAGUGACCAUGGUGACGGAAGACAAAUCAAGGGAAGGCAACAUGACUAAAAGCACAAAGACAUCAAAAGUGACAAAACUUUCUGGUGCCAUGACUGGGGGUCAACGAGAGUUGACCCAGAGGACUGCAAGGCUUUAUGACGACAGGGAGAAGGUGAUCUAUGAGGAAAGCCUGGGAGAAUCCUCCUGCACUGGAACAGAAGACUGUGGAGAUGAUAAGGAGAACAGGCGGCAAAAGGCCAUAACGCCGACAGAGAUAGCAUCCAAUGGCACGAUUCCGUCAGACAUGAGAGAGAAGUCCGUCCACGAAGAGGCCAGUCCAGUGGUCACAUGUGACCUACGACUAAGAGGGUCAAGUGGGCAGAUCUGGAGCGGUACGGAGGAUGACAUCACAGAGGAGCCAGACUUGACCUCCGUGGAGAGGUCUUCCUCACUGUCCUUCCUGGACUGGCAAAACAGGGAUGACUCGGACGUGCAGACCACGCUGGCCAUCGAGGUGGACAUCAACAAGACGGAGGUGGUCCUGAUCGACGAGGACGACGACAUGUCUCUGAGGGAGAGGACCGUGACGGACGUCUCGAUGAUGGACGGGAAUGCCGCGGAGCUCGUGUGCGGCAGACUCCUGUCCAUUUCCACAGACUCGUCUUCCGAGUGCAAAGAGGAAAGCCUUGCUGCCGAAACUCCACUGCCGGCCAGUGAUGUAAUCAAAAAGCGCCAUUGUUGUUUUUGCACGAUCCUAUGAAUGCUUUGUAUUCCUGCACAUGGAAGAGCGCACUGAUGCACAUACAUCCUGCAAUUUCACCGGUGAUUUUUUUUUUAAUUGUGAGGUGGGACUCACUUUUAGGUUGGCUGUGUUUAAUUUACUGUAUAUAUUGUGCAAGCUUACUGCUAGUAAAUUCAGGACUGGAAAAAAAAAAAAAAAAAACACUAAAGAAAACAAAACAAAAACCAAGUGUUGGAGUGGAUUCAGCCUUUUAAAGACUACAAUUUAAUCAGUUGUCUUGGAUAUGAGUCCUACAUUAUCACUGAUGUUUUUGCAAAGAGUUUUCUGAAAUUUGUAAACCUCUGUGAGUUUUGUAUUGUAUCAUGUCAAUUCAGUCAAUGUAGCACCUUGUUUUUAGACUACACACAAUAUGCCUAUUACGCCACAGUAUUUGUCUUUUUAAUGAAA